AUGUCCACGCCUCCCGACAGACCGUUCUUCCACAUCGGCCUGCUCAUGCUCAAACAAUUCAUGGAGAGGGACGAGUUGACGCUCCAGGACAGGCAAAAGUGCUGGAAGAUCAUCGACAGCAUCUAUCAUAACUUUAGUAGCCUGGUUCACGACCAACUGAUCCGUUCCUCCUUUCGUGAGCUCGAUCACCACCGGCGGUCACUGGAAGCGAUUGUCGAAAUGGUCCAGGAUCCGUUGGACAACCCGCAACUCUCGGACGACAGGAUACUUGCAGGGUUCGAUUUCGCAAAGGAGGUCUACCGGUAUUGCCAUUUCUUUUACAAAUGCAAGGUACUUCAUGAGGCGACGACAAUGUGGAUCAAAGGGGUAGACAUAGCUCCUGAAGCCCCCUCUUAG